AUUUUUUGGCUGGAGUGUUUUUUUGUUUAAAUAAUGGAAUACAUAUGUUAAACUGAUAAAUAUGAAGUGGAUUCCUUGUUCAAAUAAUUUAUUUGCAGUUGCAAUACACAAUUGGCUUGGUGAUGACAUAAAAUUUGGAUUGUCACUGGAUGUAGGCGAUUGCGUUGAACUUAUUGAAGAAUAUGGACAGUGGUAUCGCGGGAAAAAGUCAAAGCAAAAUGGAAUUUUUCCGAAAACAUAUGUUCAUAUUAGAGAUGCUUCGAAGUCUGAUCCAGUUGUAAGCGAAUGUACCCAAGUUUUACGAGAAUGGGCUGAUAUUUGGAAAAAACUUUAUGUGGAACAUGAAACCUAUAAAUUUACUACGCUACGAAAAGUUAUGUUGUCCUUGUUAGAGAGUCGUAGAGAAUUAUUGAGUGCAAUGUUGACACAAGAUCAAACUCUAGAAUUGCAACACAAUGUUAUUUCCAAAAUAGAUUGGGGAAAUCGGAAAUUAGGAUUAGAUCUAGUGCCAAGAAAGGGAACUCAAGCAGUAGAUUCCAAAGUUGAGUCCAUUGUCGCUCUUCAUUAUAUACACGAGAAAAGUGCUGAGAAUGCUAAAGCAUCUAAUAGCCGAGGUACAUUAAGAAAAAAGUCGUUAAAAAAAGCUUUAACACAUCACCUUUAUUUUUGCAUGCGCGACUUUGGGCAUCGUAUUGGAGAUGACGUUGAGAUAUACUUUUACCUCUAUAAUGGAAACACUUUACGUGCUGUUUCUGAACGAUUUUUAGUUAAAAUAUCAAAUUCUUUAUCAAACUAUAUUGAAAAUCUACAUAGCAACUGUACAGUGUUUACUGAUUUAGGGAAUUUAGAGUUGAACAGCGACUUACAUUUGGUAGCAAAUGUUUUGAGGAUAGGAAAAAUAUUGCACUCUGAUUCAAUAAAAAAGUAUGAAAAAACAGAUAAGGUUUAUUAUCGAAGACCUAUUGGAGUUGGAAUCCUGUCUAUCAGUGAAGUAAUGCAAUUCGAAGACAAUAUUGAACAAGAUGAAAAAGAGUUUAGCUUUAAAUUGUUCACAUGUGAAGAAAAGGAUUUUCAUCAAUUACAUGAAUUACUAAUAAAAAAGGCGAGUGGAAAGUUUUCACUUCUAAAUGUCGGAGGCCCGAAUACGUACAGUUUAUCAGUUUCUUUAAAAUUGUUGCACGGUGGCCUAAAUCAAGCUAAAAAAGAUCAACCAUUACUUUUUCAAGGUACAUCAAUAACUCGAAAAAUUGGAUUCGCAGAUGUAAUAAUGCCAGGCGAUGUACGUAAUGACCUCUUUAUAACAUUAAAAGGAGGCGAUUUUGAACGAGGAGGUAAAAGCACAGCAAAAAACAUCGAAGUGACUGCUAUUGUUUUGGAUUCAACAGGUUCCAAACUAAAUGACUGUUUGUUUGGUGCGUCUGGAAUGGAUAGCAACUCACAAUAUCAUUCCAUGAUUAUUUAUCACAAUAAUUCUCCGUGUUGGAAUGAAACGUUGAGAUUGUGUGUUCCAAUAGAAAAAUUUUCAACAGCUCAUGUACGUUUCGAGUUUCGUCACUGUUCGACUAGAGAUAAAUCCGAACCAAAAAUAUUUGCAUUCAGCUUUGUAAGAUUAAUGGAAGCUGAUGGAGCCACAUUAUCAGACAAAAUUCAUGAAUUAUAUGUGUAUAAAUGUGAAGACUCAAACAAAUUAAAUUCCGCCUGUUAUCUGAAACUACAGUCAUCUCCCUUUGAUGAACAAGCUUCACUAGAUCAAAGCCCUAUGUUUAAUCGAAGUGGUAAGGAAGUUUUUUCCAUUAAGUCGGUCUUGUGCUCUACAAAAUUGACUCAAAAUAGAGAUUUGUUGGCUCUUUUACAAUGGAAACAACACCCAGAAAAAAUAUCAGAUGCCCUGACUCGGGUACUAAAGCUUGGUGAUGAGGAGCUAAUCAAAUUUUUACAAGAUGUAUUAGAUGCACUUUUUUCAAUGUUUUCUACAGAGGAUGGAAAUAGCACACAAUAUUCUGGCUUAGUUUUUCAUGUACUAGUGAGCAUUUUCAGUCUUUUGAAGUCCAACAAGUACCAGCACUUUGCCCCAGUUAUGGAUGAAUAUAUGAAUCACUUUUCUGCGGCUCUCGUGUACAAAGGUCUUUUAUCUUCUGUACAACAUUGUUCAGAAUGGCUGACGAACUGUGAGAGACCUGAUCCAAUUCAAAAGUGUUUUCAAUCACUCGAAUACAUUUUUAAACUUAUUAUAAAAUCUAGACAACUAUUCGCUGAAGCGUCUGGUGGUCAGUUUGAAGAUUCAUUUAAAAGAGAUCUUUUUGCCGUAUUUAUAUCACUUAAUAAUAUGUUAACAAUAUCUUCACACGAUGAUAAAAUUCUUCCUACACAAGAAGCUUUGAUGCAUUCCUUAGGAAUUGUCUUUGAACAGCUCUACUUGGUUUUUUCAAAACAAGAAAUCGGAAACCUGAUAAAAAAUAUGUUGGAUGCAGUUCCUACAAAUGCUUCUCCACGCCUUAUACAAGCGAAAUUGCAUACAAUCAAAGAUUUAGUAUCAGGAAAACUCUUUCAUUUUGAUAAAACUCGUAUAAUCAUCUUGAGAAUUGCUUGUAAACAUUUGCGCAUUCAUCUCGUUCGAAGAGAUGAACUUAAACUAUGUUCGGAGAUACUUGGUGAAAUAUUGAUACACAUUUAUAACGCUAAAGAAUCUGAUAUAGAUCAGGAGUUAGAUGAACUUUGUUUGAAUAUUCUCGAAAAUUUAAAUCAAACUAUUUGCAUUAUCAUGGAAGGUAAUUCAUCAGUCUUAUGCUCCUUGAUAGCCGUGUUGUUAGGACUACUUCAACAAUUUGAUGAACAACAUUAUAUAAAGUUGUGGGAGGAAAAAAGCAAAAAUGGCAACAAUCAAGAUAUAAAAGAAUUAAUUCACCGAAAUCUCUUGGUCUUUAAAGAAUUGCUAUCGCAAGAUUGGCAAGUUUAUCCAAAUGACUGGUUGUUAAUGAAAAUGUCAUCGAAUAAUAUUAUUCGAAAAUCAUUAGAAGAAUUCGCGAAACCUUUGGUCUUUCGUUUUUUAAAUAACCAUACGUUCGAUUCUCAAUUGUGGUGUUCAUAUUUUAGUGUAGCUAUUACUUUUUUGACUCAACCAUGCUUACAGCUAGAACAAUAUCACGAAACAAAAAAACGCAAAAUCUUACUGUGUUACGGCGAUAUGAGAGUUAUGAUGGGAUUUCAAAUUUUAAGCAUGUGGUCCCAACUAGGAGAACAUAAAUUACAUUUUAUACCAACAUUAGUUGGACCUUUUUUAGAAGUAAGUUUGGUGCCAGAUCUCGCUUUGCGCAAAGCCACGCUUGGAGUAUUUUAUGACAUGAUUAAUUGUGAGCAUUUAGCCCGUGGAAAUUUUCGCUUGGUUGAAAGUGAAUUAAUAGACAAAUUAGAUUUGCUCAUAAGUGAAAACAAAGGAGACGAGGAAUAUCAACAACUAUUUAAUACCAUGGAGGAUUUAUGUGCAGCAUUACUAGAAAGUAUUCAUCAUGAACAUCCUCAUUGGGCUGACGAAGGAAUCACUUUUAUAACGUCUUUAAGAAAACUCCUAGAGCGAUUGCUAGACUAUCGAUGUGUAAUGCAAGGAGAAGAAAAUCGUGACAAACGUAUGACUUGUACAGUAAAUUUACUCAAAUUUUAUAAAAACGAGAUAAAUCGAAAAGAAAUGUAUUUGAGAUAUAUCUAUAAGUUACAUGACUUGCACGUUAGUGCUGAAAAUUUCAUAGAGGCCGGAUAUACAUUAAAACUUUACGCAGACAUGUUAAAUUGGGAUAAAGAAAUGUUAGCAUUUGCUCCAAAUGGUAAGGAGACUGAACAAUCAGAAUGUAAGGAAAAACUAUAUCAUCAGAUUAUUGACUAUUUUGACAAGGGAAAAUGUUGGGAAAAAGGAGUUCCUUUGUUGAAAGAAUUAUCAUUUUUCUAUGAAACACGUCGUUUUGAUUAUGUUGAAUUAAGCAAAACCUUAAACAAAGAAGCUUUAUUCUUUCAAAAUAUUCUACAUCAAGUAAGAUCAGCAUCUGAGUAUUUUCGUGUCGGUUUCUAUGGUCAAGGAUUUCCAUCUUUUGUACGUAACAAAGAAUUUGUAUACAGAGGUUUGGAAUACGAACGUAUAGGAACGUUUACACAAAAGUUGCAAACAGAAUUUCCACAAGCACAAAUUUUAACUAAAAACACUCCGCCAGAACAGUCUAUCAUCUUGUCACCAGGACAAUAUUUACAAAUCAACAAUGUUCGCCCAAUUUCCAAUCCCGUUCAUUUACGAACAGCGACUGUCCCAGUUCCAGAACAUAUUGCAAGUUUUUAUGAAGUUAAUGACGUAUCGAAGUUUCAAUAUGAUCGACCAAUACAUAAAGGAGUAAUCGAUAAGGAUAACGAAUUCAAAACACUAUGGAUUGAGCGUACAUUAUUGGAAAUAGAGACCCCAUUACCAGGCAUUUUACGUUCUUUUGAAAUCACUAAAAAAUCUAUAAAAGAACUGACCCCAAUUGAAUUUGCGGUUGAAAUUAUGGAGAAUGUUCAAAAAGAAUUAACUGAUCUGAUAAAUCAAUACAAGGCAAACAACAGAUUAAAUAUAAAUCCAUUUUCCAUGAGGUUACAAGGUAUAAUUGACGCUAACGUUAUGGGAGGUAUUUCUAAAUAUCAAGAAGCUUUUUUUUCUGAAGCAUUUGCUCAAUCGGAUCUGGGACAAAGUCAGUCUAUGUGGGUACAAAGAUUAAAAACACUGAUUCUUGAACAAAUGCAAAUUUUAGAUACUGCGUUAGAACUACAUGGACUGUUAGCACCAGAUGGUGUCCAACCUUUACAUAAACGAUUAUUAGAACGUUUUCAACAACUGAGACAAAGUUUAUCGGGUCUUGGAAAAAUAAAAAAACAAUAUUCUAUUGUAAAUACUCCACUUCCACCUAUACCAUUUGAGCGUGCAAAAUCUUUCAAUACGGAUUUACGAGAAGAAGAUUUGUACAUCAAACCAAAUGAGGCAAUCACUUUCAAUUAUGCUGCUUUAGGUAUUGAAAAUAAAAAUCGUGAAUCUCUUGCACUCCCAGAAUUAGUUAACAGUGUUCCUGAAAAGAUUACUCGUCCAAAAUCAACUGGUUACAAUAGCUGUCUAAAUGAUGAGCCAAAAUCACUCAAUGCUCCUCCACUGCCACCACGUGGCUGUAAGUCUAACCCAAUUGCAUUAUUAUGUGAAGAUGGAUCAUUACCUAUUAUGUCGAGGCAUUCACAGAAGUAUUCAGUUUUUGACAUUGCUUUAGAAGAUGACUCGUCUUUCUCAUUUUCUCGAGAUUCUGGUAUUUCAGGUAGUAUACACGAGUUAAAUGUGAACAGACAAAGUUGUCAAAAUCAAGUGAUAAAAGAGGAUCAUUCCAACGCAUGUGCAAAUCUUGAUAAGCUAAACGAAGUUUAUCACUUUGAAGAAUCAGUCACUCCACCACCAAUCCCAAUAAAAUCUGGAUAUUCUGUAUCUGAAACAACACAUCAAAAAGACAAUGUUAUGUCAGAACCUACCAACAAAGAUGGCUCUGAAAUAGAUUUAAUAAAAUAAUUUCUUAUGCAGAAAAAAAUAAAAAAAAAAGUGUAGGCAUGAAACAAGUAAUUGCUAACAAUAAUUAAUCGUUUUAUAAAUAAAAAUUUAUUAUAUGCAUCAACAUAAGAAGAAACCUU